AUGCUUCGCAAUACCCUCCUCCAAUCUGCAAGGCUUGCAACGAGAGCUACUUACAGGACUCAAUUACCCGUUCGGCGAAUACUUACCCCAUGCCUUUUCCCAACCUCCAGCAGAUCCUCUCCCUCCCUUCAAUGUCAGGCUGCCAGAUGUUAUUCAGCACCGGCAGGCCUAGCGAAAGAGGAAGUCCAAGGUAGAAUAAUAGACCUUUUGAAGAAUUUCGAUAAGGUCAAGGACUCUACCAAGCUCACACCUGCUUCGCACUUCUUGAACGAUCUUGGUCUCGACAGCUUGGAUACGGUGGAGGUGGUAAUGGCGAUUGAAGAAGAGUUCAGCAUCGAGAUUCCAGAUAAAGAAGCGGAUGCUAUCUUGAGCAUCGACAAAGCUGUGGACUACAUUUUGGGGCAACCAGACGAUACUUGCAAGCAUAGAAAUAUUGAUCCCACGCCAAAGCAACGCCGAGACCCGCUAAGCUUCGCUACUGCGGCCUCACUCGCCGCCGAGGAGCAGGAGCGGGGGGGAGGCUCGACCACUGCAGACGACGAAGAUACCAGCCGAGUCAGUUCACCCAAGCCGAAGGACACAGACAGUCGCGCCCCGGAAACCUCAUAUCUAGGCGGAGAGAAUGGACACAAAAUAGCAUUCGAUCCAAAAGACAUCGGGGAAAGUGAAGAGCGGAGCAAACAGCCGAAGUUGACAUUGAUGGAGGAGGUGCUCUUGAUGGGCUUAAAAGAUAAGCAGGGUUAUCUGUCAUUCUGGAACGACAACAUCUCCUACGCCCUACGCGGCUGCAUCGUGAUCGAGUUGGCAUUUCGAGGGCGAAUAAGCAUGCAAAAAGAUUCCUCAAGGCGGCGCUUUCCACUUGCCGACAGGGUAAUUGAAGUCAUCGAUGAUACGUUGACCGGCGAAGUUCUUCUGGAUGAGGCACUGAAGAUGAUGAAGUCGAGUGAGAAGAUGAGUGUGACUUCGUGGAUCGACCUGAUGAGCGGCGAAACAUGGAAUCUUAUGAAGAUCGGCUACCAAUUAAAACAAGUCCGAGAACGACUUGCGAAAGGCCUCGUAGACAAGGGUAUCCUGCGCACGGAGAAGAAGAACUUCCUCCUAUUCGACAUGGCCACCCACCCCGUGGCAGACGGUGGCGCCAAAGACGAUCUCCGUCGCCGCGUAAGAAAUAUGCUCACCAACCGCACCGUUGUCCUGCCAGGCUCGCAGUUUCUGCCCGAGGAAAUGGAUUUCCGCUAUAUCAGGACGAUAUCCAUGGUGUGUGCAGCCUACGCUGCUAAUGUGCUAGAAAACGCGUUGGCGACACUAGGACAUGAGGCAAGGGAGCGAGCAUUUGCGCAGGUGGAUGAGCUGCUGGCGGAGUACUCGCAGUGGCCAUUUGGGAAGAAGGCGGGCAGUCAGGGGAUUGGUGCCAAUCUAUCACAGGUGGUAACAGAGGAGAUGAACAAGAAUAAAGAUAAGGAACUGCAGUUAGAGGUUGUUGCGGCUUGUUUGAGCGUAUUUACAAGACUUGAUUCCCUCUUGUGA